AAAAUGUCCAAACCGCAUUUUGGCUUCGAAAUCAAGUUUCCGUCAUUUUCUAGUUAUUUGCUUUUCUAUUUCUUAUUUUUUUCCCCUGAGAUAUUUACAUGACACCUCUUGCGCAUCAAACCCAUAUGAACCUCUACAACAUCUCCCCCCACCAUCACCAAAAACCACACUAUCUCCAAAAGAACCACCACUAAUAAACUCCCCCAGAUACCCAAAAAUCCCACAAUUCAAGCGUCACUCAGACCUUGAACAGAUCAUCACAACCACGUGAUUUCAAAAGUAAAGAGGCAAAAAUGUCCACAAAAACUCCGGUCACAUUAACCGUCGACGCAAUCGACGAUCUCAUCUACGAUGCUCGCGCCGGCGACCUCGAUGCUCUCAAGUCCGACCUGGCGGCUCUGAGCACCCAACACAGCUGCCCGCAGGCCUGGAUCGUGGCGUCGGCUAUCGACUCCGAGCCUGAAGAGGAGGGUGGUACCGGAUCAUGCCUUUUGCAUUUUCCUGCUGCGAAUGGCAAUGAGGAAAUCUUGAACUUCCUCCUGGGAGUUCUCACUCAGGGUGAGACUCAGCUGGACCAGGCUCAGGUGGCAGCCAUUGUGAACCACCGUAAUCACUCAGGGAACACGGCGUUGCACUGGGCGGCGCUGAAUACGCAUUUGGAGUGUGUGAAGGCGCUUGUUGGGGCUGGUGCUGAUAUCUCCAUGAAGAAUGAUGCUGGCUUAGAUGCUGUUUUCCUCGCUGAGAGGGCUGAUUGGUCGACUGAGGAGCAGGGUGAGGAGCAGGAGCAGGAUGAGGUUGAGGUUGAAGUAGGGGCUGAGGCACAGGAGGGUGAAGGCGAUGCUGGGAAGAUGUCGAAGGGGAGACAGGUUGUGGAAUGGUUGUUAAGUUCGGAGAAGGGUGGUGAAUUGGAGACCGGUGCUGGGGAGAAUGCUCCUGCUGCUGCGGAGGGAUCGAUGCAAUGAUUUACGCUUUUACGGCUUUUUAUUUAUUUAUUUUUUUUUAUAGA